AUCCCAGUUGCACGGCCAGUGCGCCUCCUCCUCGCAACCCACCAAUGGGAGACCCCCUAUUCAAAAAAAAAAUGAUUAGCCUCUGUUGCAGCACUUAAAAGUCUUUCGCACCAACAGUAGGUGGCGGGGUGAAAAAAAAAAUGUGGUGUGAAUCUGGCUCGCGGGUAAGAACGGGGAGGCAGCUCGUGUGAUGCUGCUGCUGUUGCGACACCAACAAGAGACGUGGUGCAGCAGGCACUAAAAGAGGAGGAAGGCGGUGUCAGGCUUAUAGGAGGAGAAGGACCAGACAGACUACUACAACACCGCCUGAUGGGGAACCGUUAAUCGAGAGUGAGAGAGAGAGAGAGAGAGAGAGAGAGAGAGAGCCAACAGCGCAGAAGAAGGAGAAGGAGGGGACGUAACAAGACACGCUCGGGUAUUAGGUGAUUAGGUGAUAGGACCCUUGGAUCGUCCGGCUUCAACACUGCACACGGAGUCCACCAGCAACACAAAAAAAAGAAGAAACCUCGGUGGUGAUGAAUCAGCAUUCAGUGAGCCGGACGUCAAUCAUGGCAAGACUCGCCUUCCCCGCCCUGCUCCUGCUUGGAUUCCAAAAGAGGUUCUGCCUGGCUCAAAAGGAUGCGGCGGCCAACGACAGCACCGUUUUCACCCGGAUCCUGGAUGGGCUGCUGGACAAUUACGACUACAGGCUCCGCCCAGGGCUUGGAGAAAAUGUCACCGAGAUCAAGACGAAUAUUUUUGUGACCAGCUUUGGGCCGGUAUCCGACACAGAGAUGGAAUACACCAUAGACGUGUUCUUCCGUCAGAGCUGGAAGGACGAGCGGCUGUGCUUCAAAGGGCCGAUGGAGAUGCUGCCGCUGAACAACCUGCUGGCGAGCAAAAUCUGGACCCCGGACACCUUCUUCCUCAACGGCAAGAAGUCGAUAGCUCACAACAUGACGACGCCCAACAAGCUGCUGAGGCUGCAGGACGACGGCACGUUGCUUUACACCAUGAGGCUGACCAUAUCUGCAGAAUGCCCCAUGCAGCUGGAGGAUUUCCCCAUGGACGCACACGCCUGCCCUCUCAAGUUUGGCAGCUAUGCCUACCCAGUGUCAGAAGUGGUCUACACUUGGACUAAGGGAGCGGCUACAUCCGUGGUGGUGGCCGAGGACGGCUCCAGACUCAAUCAGUACCAUCUUAUCGGGCAAACCGCCGGGACAGAGGACAUACACACGAGCAGAGGACAGUACACAGUGAUGAUGGCCCACUUCUACCUGAAGAGGAAGAUUGGAUAUUUUGUCAUCCAGACGUACAUGCCCUGUUUCAUGACUGUAAUCCUGUCCCAGGUGUCAUUCUGGCUAAACAGAGAAUCUGUUCCUGCUAGGACCGUCUUUGGGGUGACCACCGUACUGACCAUGACCACUCUCAGCAUCAGCGCCAGGAACUCGCUCCCCAAAGUGGCCUACGCCACAGCCAUGGAUUGGUUCAUUGCCGUCUGUUACGCAUUCGUCUUUUCCGCCCUCAUUGAGUUCGCAACAGUGAACUACUUCACCAAAAGGAGCUGGGCCUGGGACGGCAAGAAGGCUAUGGAAGCGCAGCACCCAAAGAAACGAGACCCCUUGGUGCUGUCCAAGAAGCCCAACAACGUCUGCUCGGCCGGCGUCAACUACACCCCCAACCUCACCAAGGACGUGUCCGUCUCCACCAUCUCCAACGCGGCGUCGGUCCAACUCCGUGCCGCCGCCGAGACCAAGGCGCCAGACGCCAAGAAGACCUACAACAGCGUCAGCAAGAUAGACAAGAUGUCGCGGAUAGUAUUCCCCGUCCUCUUCGGAACCUUCAACCUCGUCUACUGGGCCACGUACCUAAACAGAGAAUCGGUGGUGGUGAAGGGAGUCACCUCUACAUAAUCUUUUUUUCUUUUUUUUUGUGUGUGUGUUUCUGCAUUAACAAACUGCGCUUGAGGAACAGAAACAAAACUAUACCCAGCUAGCGAAUUCAAGCGCUUUAAAUGCAAGUUUGCAACUAUAUCCAUUUCCUGAUUUUCAUUGCCCUAAAAACAAACCAAGACUUUCUUUGUCAACAAGAGAGCGAGUGCUUUGUUUCUUUCUCACCUCCCCUGCUGCAGUUUUGCAUGAUGCUCUCCUUAAAUGGAGACAGUACACUCCUCUUUGUCUGGAAUACUGACAAUAUGUAUUCCAAUCACCGCUUCAUGUAUGUGAGAACACUCCAUUCUUACCACUUUGGGGAGGGUUUUACAUUAAAAAUUCAAACAAUGGAGGCAUUUUGAGCUAAUUUCCCCCUUCAUUAAAAAACGCUUCAUAUUCCUACCAUGGAGGCUUGAAAUGCAAUGAGCUUAUGAGAUCGUAACACUGAAGUGCAAUAAGGCAUGCAUUUACUUAAAGAGAGAAAUUGCAUGGGAUUCCACACUCUGAAUAUUGGUGCUACAAUUUGGUUGUAUUUCUCUCUUUAAGCCUUUGCAAGUUCUUCUGCAAAAGGUGCUAUCGGUCUCUUGGUGGAGAUUCAAAGCCUUCUGCUUCAGGCUUGAUUUCCCCAAAAUCUCUUUGGCAGUCAAAAGCAUCGACGCAACCAGAAGGUUUAAUAUAUAUGUAUUGAAGAUAAUCAUUUCAGGCAUCCGGGACGUUUUAAUGAAGAGAUGCCUCAUUACUUAUAUCUAAAAAAAAAAAAAAAGUCAUCAAGUAGUCGUCGAGGCAGCUCGUCAGUGAGAACGUUGGGAAAACGUCUUCAGCCCACAUGCACAGGACAGCUACUGUAGUGGGAGCUCUUUGGCAAAAAUUUCAAAUUCAGGAUGCAAUAUCCUGUGCUCGAACUGAAUUUUGGAGCCGGAGCCACUUAGCUAAUAAUAUAAACAGCUGAGAGACCGGGUGAAAUGCAGGAGCUGGGGAUCAAACCCCCCGACCUAAAGUGUAGCUAACACAGCUACUUUGACCCCCAUUCAAACUAACAAUAAGACCUCAGGAUGAUUUCAAAGAGGUUUCAACAAGCUGAUUCCUUGUGAAUUUUGGGUAUUUUAAGGGGCGUUUCCAUUCAUAUAAGUACUGUACUCGACGAUCUUUAGAGGGGUUCAUCUACCGAGGACUACAAUCUACUCCCUGACAAUGUACUUUGUGGUUGUCCCGGCAACUGGACUCCCAUCAGCGAAUUCUAACCCAUGGCCAAACUAUCUGUGAAAAAAAUGUAUAAAACAACAGAAACACUCAUAAUGUAGGGACGAGGAUUAGGGCCACUGAAAAAAUAUUUUUUUGGUUCUUAUUUUCUUUAGAAUUCUGACUUUAAUCUCAGAAUUCUGGCUCCGAAAAAAAAAGUCAAAAUUCGGAGAAAAAAGUCAGAAUUCUGAAUUAAUCUCAGAAAUUAAUUAAUUAAUAUGAGAAUCUCAGAAAUCAGAAUUCAUCUCAGAAUUCUGACUUUUUUCUCAGAAUUUUGACUUUUUUUUCGGAGCCGGAAUUCUGAGAUAAAAGUCAGAAUUAAAAAAAAAAAUCAGAAACAAUUUUUUUUUCCCCCAGUGGCUCUAAUCCUCUUCCGUAAUAAUGUCAUUUUUUCUCUGUGUUAAAUACUAACAGGAGGAGUUGAUGAACUACUGUAGUUAGAGAGCCAAUAGUGACAUUCUAAGCUUCUUGUGUUUUUUGUUUUCCUACAAAGUGCCGUUAGCUCAUCAGGUGACAUUUGGUUUCACAGUUAAAGUCAAGAUGAAACUGCAUUUCAAGAGCAUCUGGUGUCAAAGUUCAAUGGGUCAACUCGUCUCAUAACUUUCUCUUCUUGAUGCUUUUUGACGUGCUUGUGAUCAAACUCUUGAUCUUUGAAUUUGUAUUUCACUUCUUUCUAAAUUGACUUCAUCGGAAGCAAUGAGCACACAUUAUGGCAUUUUAUGGCGUUAGCCCCUCAUAACACAGCAUAAUGUGACUUUGUUGGGACUAUGGUGAGACAUACUCAGGUACCAAAAAAGGACGCGUGCUUUGCAGCAGAAGAGAAUCACUGUUUCUUCAAUAUCAUGCAUUAGAAACAGUGUGGUUUGAACCUGUCACCUGCUGCUGUAAGCGUUGUCCUUGAUGACUUUUUGAUGCUUAAUGGAUGAUGGUGUACCUGCUUUGCUUUGUGAAAUCAGGACCUACAGUAAGUAUUAUUGUUUAAAGCCUUUUCUGUGUUUGUGCCAUGAUACUCUCAAGUGUUUUGUGCUGGCUCCCGGUGAUAUUGAAUCUGCAUUUACUGUAUUCAAAAAAUGUUGCUCUUUGUCAAACUGCUCUUUGGGUGAAGCUAAGACUAUGUUCCAGUGCUUUU